GUGAAUGACAAUGCAGGGAGAGAGGGAGGGAGGGAGAGAGAGAGAGAGGGAGCAAGCAAGGGGACAGAGAGAAAGGAGGGGCAUUGACAUUCAUUCAGCCUAAGGAGUGGGAAAGUAAAUAGCCCUCUCGGAGGCCCAGGAAGCCAGAGGGAGAUGUGUUUCAAAUGCGCCGGGUUUCAUAGCAGGAAAUCCAUGCAAGCUUGUCGGGGUUGAAUUGUCUAUCAGGAGGCACUGAAGCUUUUCCUCUGGAGGUCUGAGCAGUGAUAAGAAGGACCUAUGAGCACACCUCCUCAGCAGCCGAGGGGCGUUACAGAGGAUGACGAAGAACAGAAAGAAGGUCAAAAAGAAACGCUGAAAGAUGGAGAUAUGCCGCAGAAAGACAGCACCGUUUCUCCACUUACUAAAACGUCUUCUUUGAGGAAAGACUAUGAGCUUCAGGAGGAUGCUGGAAAGACGAGAACUGGGAGAGGUGGUACAGAUGGAAUUGUGGAAAGAUCAGAAUUAACGAGGACGUUUUUGGAGGCAGCGCCCUCUGGUGAAUCUCACAAGCACAGGCAAUGUCAGUUCGACGAAGAUAUUCCAUCCUCUAGAAGCCCAAAUCAAGAUGCAGAGAACCUGGCUCUAGCUGAAGAACUGGUAAAGACAGAAGAGGCCACGGUCAGCACGUUAGCUUCUCCUGGAGUCUCUCGGGCGGAUGAUAUUCAGACGGGUGGCUCAGAGGUGGUCUAUGAUGACGUGCCAUGUGAGGACGUGUCCCGAGGAGAAGGAGACAUGAUCUAUGAGGAUGUACAGACAGAGGAAGUCCCUCAGGGGCCCAACAACGGCUGGAGUUCCAGCGAGUUCGAGAGCUAUGAUGAGCAGUCAGACUCUGAGAAAGCAGCCUCCCGGAGCAAGCUCGCCCCUGAUGUACGUCGUCUUCGGGAAUGUUGUGCCAAGACCAAGAGGGAGCUAGCUUCAAAACUAGGGGGAAAGUAUCAGAUGCAUCAGCUCAUGAGAGCAGCACGGAGUGGAACUAAAGAUGGCCUGGAGAAGACCAAGAUGGCUGUCAUGAGAAAAGUUUCCUUUCUCCAGAAGAAGGACCACUCAGAUGAAGCUGAAGAUGAUGCCGGCUAUCUGGAUGUGAUAGUUUCUGAGGCCAAGCAUCCUCCUGCACAGCUGGGCCCAAUGCCAGAGGGACUUAGCAGUCACCAGAUUGUUCGGCGUCACAUUCUGGGCUCCAUUGUGCAAAGUGAAAGGAGUUACCUGGAGUCCCUUAAAAGAAUCCUUCAAGAGUACCAGAGACCAUUGUUGGAGGCUGAGCCUCGCAUCCUGAGCCCGAGGAAGAUCAGACCCAUUUUCUUCCGUGUGCGGGAGAUCACGCAAUGCCACUGCAUGUUCCAGAUUGCUUUGGCUUCCCGUGUCGCAGAGUGGGACGCUAGCGAGAAGAUUGGCGACCUCUUCGUUGCCUCGUUCUCCAAGUCCAUGGUGCUAGAUGUUUACAGUGAUUACGUCAAUAACUUCACCAAUGCCAUGGCCCUCAUCAAGAAAGCCUGCUUAUCCAAACCCGCCUUCCUGGAGUUCCUCAAAAAAAAGCAAUCAUCUAGUGUUGACCGGAUCACUCUAUACGGUCUGAUGGUGAAGCCCAUUCAACGUUUUCCUCAGUUCAUCCUCCUCUUACAGGACAUGCUGAAAAACACUCCAAAAGGACAUGUGGACCGUUUGCCUCUGCAGUUGGCUCUGACCGAGCUGGAGACCCUGGCUGAGAAGCUGAAUGAACAAAAGCGAGUGGCAGAUCAGAUCACAGAGACCCAACAGCUCGCCUGCAGCGUCAGUGACCGCUCACUUAGCAAGGUCCUGAAUUCAGAUCAAAGCUCUUUGGUCCUGUGCGAAACGCUGUGCGAGACGGUAUACGGUGAGCGUGGCCAGGUUCUCAAGUCCAAGGAGCGCAAAGUCUUCCUUUUCAGCAACAUGCUCAUCUGUGCGAACAUCAACAUAAAGGGUCCCCCAGACAUCAGCAGUCUGGUUCCAGUAGGGCCCAAGUACACCAUGAAGUGGAGUGCCCCCUUAUUGCAAGUCCAGGUAGUUGAGGUCGGCAAGGACACCCUCUUUCAGCAGGGAGGUGUCAAAAGGUCAGGCAGCUCUUCAACCCCAGGUAAAGUGGUCCUGGGUCCUCCUCGGCUCUUUCAAGAACUCAACGAACUGCAGCAUGACCUUUUGGUGGUGGAGCACGUCACCACCUUGGUGGGCACUUUACAGGGCACAUACCAGAAUCUGAACACCACCGUGGCUCAAGACUGGUGCUUGGCCCUGCAAAGGCUCAUCCGCAUCAAAGAGGACCAAAUCCAGAGUGCUAACAAAUGCCGUCUUCGACUACAAGUCCCUGGCAAGCCGGACAAGUCUGGCCGUCCAGUCAGCUUCAUGGUGGUGUUCAACACGCCGAGUCCUCUCAGCAAGAUCUCCUGGGUCAACCGUCUUCAUCUGGCCAAGAUAGCACAGAGGGAAGAAAACACACCUGGCUGGAUCUGUGCAGAAGAUGACGGGAGGACAAAGGCUCCACUCUGGUGUCCACUGCUUGCCUGUCGUAUGCCUGUCUUCACCUCAAAAGUCCAGGACUGUAAGCUAGAAGCCGCUCUGCACAAUCCAGUCCAAUGUGCUCUGCUUGGUUUCUCUGCAGCGAGCACGUCGCUUCCUCAGGGAUAUCUCUGGGUAGCGAGUGGCAGAGAUUGUACACAGGGUCAUGUGGAGAUUUUCUCCCUGAAUCGAACUACUCCACGCUCAGUGAAAAGCUUUCAGGUACGAGCUCCUGUUCGGUGUUUGGAGUUUGUGUCUGAGCCCAGUCAUUCUGACGCCACCGAUCCUGCUCUCCAUAACGCCGCUGCUGCCGGGAACACAGUCUGCGUCGGCCUGGAUGAUGGCAGUAUUCUGGUCUAUGGGAGCAUGGACACAUCAGCUCAGUGUCUUCUGGACCUCCGGAAUACUAUGGGUUGUCCUGUCCUGUGUCUCAAACAUGCUUCUAGCUUCCUGUUCGCAGGCCUGUGGGACGGCACGCUACUCAUCUAUGACAGAGCGCCUGGAGGUGAGUUGUGGAACUCAGAGUCUUACCGUAAAGUCUUAGUGGGUCAUGAGCCAGUUCGGACAUUGCUGGCUUUAGACGGCUCCGUAUGGGCCAGCUGUGGCAACUCUGUCUCAGUCAUCGACGUCUCCAGCCUUUCCACUCGGAGGUUUGAGGUCCACCAGGAUCCGACGGUGAGCGUCGUUCACAUGGUACGAGCCGGUGGAGGGGUGUGGAUGGCGUUUUCGGAAGGUUCCUGCAUACGCUUGUUCCACACGGAAACCUUGGAACACCUACAAGAGAUCAACAUCUCCACACGCUCUUCAUUCCACAGUUCAAGUAAGAAGAAUGUGAGGGUCACCAGUCUGUUGAUUUGCCAGGGCUUGUUGUGGGUGGGCACAGCCCAGGGUAUCAUCAUCACUCUGCCUGUACCUAAGCUGGAAGGCAUCCCUAAAAUAACAGGUAAAGCGAUGACCUCUUUAAACGCCCAUUGUGGUCCUGUGGACUUUCUGGUGGCGAUCAGCAGCACUUUAUCCCCAGAUCUUCUGAAGCGAGAUUCGGUUGUGGAAGCUCCCGACUCAGCCUGUGGCUGGGAGGAGCGAACUGACUCCUCCUCCCAGGAGUCCCUGCAGCAGUUUAGCAGCUCCUCAUUCGGGGAAAGCAAGGGAAACCGGAGGAGUGUACUUCUUCAAUACCGCAUUCGCUCCACCAUGGGCUUACCUGGGCGGCCACUGACCGCUCGAUGUGACGAGUCCUCAGAUUCAUCGUUAGAGUCUUUAGAACACAGCCUCGAGGAUGGCUCUAUCUACGAACUCAGCGACGAUCCAGACAUGUGGGUCAGGGGUCGACCCUGUGAGAAGGACGGCCAUAGGAGGGACAGGGUCAUGUCUGCAGCCAUUAUCUCUGGAGGGAAGGGAUUUAGAAGACUUAGAGAGGGUGCAUCGGAGGGUACGGCAGAAUUGACUGAGUGCUCCCUUAUGGUUUGGCAACUGCCACUCACCGUAUAAAAUGUGAUUGGUUCUUCAGGGUGCAAAGAUGUACAAAUCCUGGCCAUCCAGGAAACAAUGUGUUUUAGUUUCUUUUGUGUUGAGGAAAUCUAUUGGUUUUGGUUUCUAUGGUUUAGAGUCCAUGCCACGGCAAACUGCGAUCACACUGGUGAAAUGAAAGAAAAGCUUUUCAUUAGUGACAGCUAUAA